AUGGGAAGGAGGAAAGAUUAUAGCCUUGAACUGAUAGACACUUUGUACGAGCAUGUGCCAGCGUUUACUGACAUCUUUGACGAGGAGACCUGGUACAUUUUCGUCAGCUGUUUUGUCACCGGUACUUUUGUCAUCGUAUUCAUUCUCUCAAGAUUCAUAACAAUUAACCCGGUCGAUUAAUCGUACAAUUAAAAAUUUAAAAUUGUGUUAAUGUUUGAUAUUUUACAUAAUAUUAAUUGAGUGUGAAAACAAGAUGAAUAAUAAUUAUUUGAAUAUUA